GUUUGAGCUCCGUCAUUGGGGCGGCGUAUUAAGAAGAAGCCAGAGUGGGAGUUGUUAUUGCAGCAUUUGUGGUAACAUUUAAACAUUUAAAGUUCUCUGGUGUAUGUCCCUGCUGCUGUACUUCAAGUUGUAACCUUGUUUCCUGUGAUCUUUCUGGCCGGACCGCAUCACCAUAUCUGGAUUCUCAGAGAAACUGAACCCUGCAAAUAUUAAGCUUCCUGGAUUUAACUACAGUGUGACAACGAGAUCCUGAGUUUCCCAAACGUCUCAUUUUGUUUUUUCUCAGAGAAAGAGAGAAGAAGAAGAAGUCAUGGCUACCAUCCACCAGCAGACCACUGAGGUGGUGACAGUCACCAGGGCUUUUCAAAACUCUAGCCAAUGGAGCACCGACCUCUGUGACUGCUGCUCUGAUAUGGACACCUGUUGCUGCGGCUUUUGGUGUUUCCCCUGCAUGCAGUGCAUGACAGUUAGUAAACAUGGAUGGUGCUGCUGUGCACCCCUCCUGGAUAUUUGCGGCGUGGUGUCCUGCUUACUCCGCCAGUCCAUGAGAGAGCAACACAACAUCGAAGGUUCUGGCUGUGAGGACUGGUGCACAGUACUUUUCUGUUACCCGUGUGCCUGGUGCCAGAUGCAUCGUGAGCAGAAGAUCAGGGAGAACCAGCCCGCCAGCGCAACUGUGAUCACCACGCAGGUCAUUCGUGGAUAUGGUACAACCAGUGUGGCUGUUGGCUAAGGACCUAUGUCACCACUAGAGCCAUAUUUUUUGACUUUUGCUGACUUAUUAAUGUGCUGAAUGGUAUAUGAGGAAAGAUUUGUGUCUGGCCAUAAAAAUACUUCUAUUUUACACAAUAUUGUGGCUGAUGUUGUAAUAGUCUUCUUCUACAGAGCUGAGUUUAACCAGUGUUCAAAUAAAAACUAUUCAAAUUCACUAUUCAAAUAAGGACAUCGUAAGUAAGACCUUCCAUACUACUCUUUAUAUACUCAUGUUAUAAUGAAUUUACUGUACACUGGGCGAUGGUCAUUACCCAUUGCUCGUUUUUGAUGCACUUCCCAAUCACACAACACUUUCAAGUAUUGGAGGAAACUGCUUUGUGCUUAUUCUUUGACAGUAUUUACAUCUAUCUUUGUGUUCCUGCCAUCAUCAGUAUAAACAAGGUGACUUCCAUCUGCAAACUCAUCAUUGUAAUUAGUUCCAGCACUUCACUGUAACGCACUCUCCUUCUACUUUGUUUUUCUCAUGAUUAGUCCUGAAGUAAUGAGGGGUGGGUAAGACAUUUGCACAGUACUGUAUCUGUUUUAUUUGAAAGUUGAAAUCAUUAAACCGAUUAAAUGAUUCAAA